AAAACAUCACCACGUUACGUUCGCGAGCGUCGAGAAUGCGCGCGACAAAAGCACAGAAGUUUUUAUUAACACUAGCCCAAGAAGAAAAGACGAUAAAAACGCACCUAUUUUAAAUAUAUGUAUGUAACUGACUGGUAGCUGUAGUUUCUCCUUUAAAGAGGGGACACAUAUGCGCACGGACACGACACUCAUAGCUUUGUUUUGUAGGCCGCAGAGUAACUUAAUGUUAAGAGCUGGAAACUGCUUUACCCAACAGAGACAGAAUUAGUUACCGGAUACCUUUCAGUGUCCAAAGUUGAAUACUACAACCGGGAAACAUUUUGUUCCAGUGAACACAGCGAGGUUAACCGGUUAAACUUACCGCAGAACUCCCCGGAUGAUUGGAUGCGGAAGGCCGCGCUGCUCGUGUGCUAAUGCGGCUAAAGUCAGUGGGUUAAGCUAACAGCACACACGCUUUUCUCCAAGUCCUCAAAGGAUCGGACUAAAAUGUUUGGUUCCUCGAGAUCUGGAGGGGUCCGAGGGGGCCAGGACCAGUUCAACUGGGAUGACGUAAAAGGCGAUAAACACAGAGAAAAUUAUCUCGGGAACUCUUUGAUGGCACCAGUAGGACGAUGGCAGAAAGGCAAAGAUCUGACAUGGUAUGCAAGAGACAAAAAAGGCAGCGCAGCUUUGUCCAAAGAGGAAGAACUUGCGGCCGUCAAGGCUGCAGAGCAUGAGGCACUGAUGGCUGCCCUAGGACACAAGAAUAUAAAGAGGCAACCAACAGGCCUGACCAAAGAGGACCUUGCGGAUGUUUGCAGAAGGGAAGAAGUUGAUGGUGAAGAGAGAAAUGUAGACCGUGUCUCAGGAUUGGGAAGCUCCAGCGCAGGGUCAAGAAAAAUGGUGCUCUCCCAGAAGGAAAAGGAGGCAGCGAAAAUAGGCUUGCCAGUUUUUACACACCACAAAACAGAGGGUGGUCCAGAAACCUCAACAACAAAGGACACUCAAAGUGUGGAAAAAGGGGAUGUGGAACAACGGCAUGAGAGCAAAAAGAAAAAGAAAGAAAAGAAGAGCAAAAAGGAGAAAAAGAAGAAGGAAAAAAAGAAGAAAAGGCAUAGAAGAGACUCAUCCUCCUCAGGUUCAGAUGACCACAGAAAGAGGCAGAGAAAGGACCACCAUCAUCAUAAUCCAUCAUACCAUAGUCAGAGCGGAGCCAGACCCCAUGACAGCCAUUCAAGGGGGGGAGCAAAGGCCGAGCGACAGCAGUGGCAUGACACAGACUCCUCUGAUGGGGGGUCCCCUGUCCCCCGUAACCCUGUCAGCCACAAGACAGCCCCUGCUGGUGCCACACAAAGUCACAGGCGGCGCCACGACACAGACUCGGACGACUGAUGCCCCGCCCCCCCUAUUCAAAGAAGCCUAACGUAGACAGAGCGCUCUACAGCAGCUUGACUGGACCUGAAGACCUCAUUUACCCUGAACAGCCAAACGGACUGUGGAAGGAGACGGGUCAAUGUGUGUGACUAACAGGCUUUGGCCUUGCAUUUUAACUUCCAGUUGGUCAUAGGGCACUGGUGUCUUUUCUGUUUUGGAACAAGUUAGUAACACAUUUUGCGUGAUUAAACCAAAAAAGCAAACACAA